AUGUUCAACGUCGCUCGCUCUCCAACGGCGCGCUACGAGUCUCUCAACGGCCUCGGAGCCAGUUUUGUUGCUGACCCUUUAGCGACGUCAGUGUAUGAUAACGAAGUGGACCCGUGGUCAGGAGUUGCCACUCCCGAGCUGGUUGAACCAUCUUCUGGAGUAUCUACUAUCCUAGGAAAUGCCCAGAUACCGCCGCUCUACGCGCAAGCAUGGAACACCGUCGAUGCUCUGGGCUCCGGAAGCGUCUCUAUCAACUCAUUACAACGUGUAAUCUCUACGGCAAACAUACCCGCAACAAGUACUGAACAGAUUGUCAACCUGGUCACAUCAAAGUCAAAGGUCAAUAAAAGCGAGUUUUACGUUGCGCUAGCUCUGGUUGCUCUCUCGCAGCAAGGCAAAGACGUCACGAUUGAGAAUGUCGUCAGUCUCGCAAAGGACAAUCAGCUGCCCAUCCCCGAGCUUGACACCUCUGCGCUCAACACCAUUGCCGCAUCCACCGUCAAGUCGACAUUUCCGCCCCCUCGACCCGGACCUGUCUAUAACAAUGAACCUGAUCCAUGGACUGCUGGGAGUCGUGGUGCUUGGGACACGACGCGAGCUGGUCAUGCAACGGCUUCCAUUCUGAACAGUGGCCUCCCUCCGCAAUGGUGGAAAGGACUCGAACAGAUCAAUGUCACCUUAUAUGGGCAACAAGGCCCAUUUUUUAACAGAUAUAUGGUCUAUUCGGUCCAUUCGUUUUCACGAGGAGCCGCUGUGCAUCGAAGGUAUUCUGAAUUUGCCUUUUUGUGGGAUGUGCUGGUACGGCGUUAUCCUUUUCGCAUAUUGCCUCAACUCCCCCCGAAACGAAUUGGCCCGGACGAAUCAUUCAUUGAACAACGACGGAAAGGGCUGAUACGCUUCCUUAACUUUGUUGUUAAUCAUCCCGUCAUCAAAGAUGACGGCGUGUUGGCAGUGUUUCUGUCAGAGCCAGACUUUGAAGCAUGGAAACGUCGGACCCCCAUCUCUUACGAUGAAGAAUCAACUGCAAAGAGAGUGGACAGGAUGGACGAAAUGAGUAUCCCCAGUAACUUGGAAGAGAAACUUGCUACUACACGCCAGAGAAUUGGAAUGCUCAUUGAGCAAUGGACGAGGAUAUGCGUUAUCACAGAGCGAGUUGUAAAGAGACGCGAGGCUGCGGCGUCGGACAUUGCCCGUACAACACUCUCCCUCAAUGCUUUGACAGAGGGUAGCGGCGCCUCUGAUGUUUGGGGUCUUCCAACAAGCCAACUCGCUAUCGGAGUUCGACUAGGUGUAGAGAAUGUCUCUGGUCAUCUCAAUACGCUGGCGGAUACGAUCGAGCAGCGAUCCCGUGUUGCCAUCAAUAACAACGUCGAGGCGCUCAAGAUGCAACGGGAUCUCUACGUCGCCGUGCGAGACCUCUUUUCAAGGCACGAUAAAUAUGCACCAGACAAUGCCGACCGCCUGAGAAAGCGGGUGGAAACGCAAUCACAAAAGUUAGAAAAUGUCAAAGCGGCACAAGCUAAUGGAUGGGAAGCUGAAGCGGAGAAACUGACGAGUAGCAUCGAAAAGGAUAGAGCAGCCAUCGUGGCAUGCUUAGCACGUCGCGUCUUUAUUCGUUCAUGCUUGUGGCACGAAUUCAGGGUGGUCUAUCACAAUCGCGAGCAUGCCCUCCUCUCUCUUGCCAUUCAGACAUGGGCAGCCCAAGAGAGGGACUUUAAUGAGGGCACUCUUCGAAUUUGGAAUGCCAUGGUGGAUAGCGUUCAAAACAUGCCAUACGAGUAG